AUGGGGGAAGUAGAAGAAACAAAUUAUCGGCCAGGGAAUGGGCUGACCAGAAGGGUUCAGGGGGUGGGCGAGGGGCUGGAGGGGGUCACGCUUCCAUCGCCAUUUGCAGCAGAAAUGACUGAAGCUGAAGCAGAUGCACUUGUGAACAACCACCGAGCCCUCUACCAGCAAGCUCUCAAGCGCCGUGAGACGAUUGCUAGCAGCGUCGCCAAGACCAAGUGUGUUCACACCCUCUCUGGUGUGCCGGUUCCUCAGAAAAAAUCCCGCGCCGCUAAGUCCGGUGGGCAGAAAGGCAAGCGGAGGAGGAAGGCUGGAGCUACUACAGGCAGUCAAGCUGACUUACCUGCUCCCGCGUCGACCGAGGAGGAGCUUGUCACAGACGGGCUCCCGGACCUCCCUCUGCCAGCAAGUUCCCAGCAGCAGCAGCAGACCGAGCUGGACGAGGGGCUGGACGAGGAGCAGGACGAGGAGCAGGAAGAGGAUGACGAGGAGGAUUCUGAGGACGAAGCUGGUGCCGAACAGCAUCAGCAGCAGCUUGCUCAGCAGCAGCAACAGCUGGGCGUCGAACAAAACGGUGCCGUCCGCGGAACACGGUCGGAAGCUGUCAAUGCGCACUGGGCCAGACAGAAUCGCGCACUGCAGGCGCAGGUUGAAGAUCUUAAAGCAACCGUUGACAUCCUGCAGAUUUCGCAAGUUGAAGCGCAGCAGAAGCUUGCCGCCGCCAACUCUGAGUGCGAAAUCCUGCGUUCCCGACUGGGUGAGCUUGAGGCGCAACAGGCGGGCGGGGUGUCGGAGAUGUCUUCAGACGGCCCAAUUGUCAACCCGGCAAAUCUCACAAGGGACAACAAUGGCAACGUGAUUUUGAAGACAAGCCUCGAAAAGAAGGAGUUUGCGGUAAAGGCUCUCGACACUUUCACGUGGCUGAUAACAGACGCGCCAGUGGAGUGCAUGGAGUUCUUCCCAACAUUUGAAGUCUUCCAACCUCACCUCAUCACCAAGUACCAGCUGUGUGGAGUGAAUCGCGACGAGUAUUUCUACGCGACUGGCGGCAGAAUCGAGUUCGAGAAGCUGGUGAUGAAGGUCAUCAAAACGAAACGUUCAAACACCCACAAGAAGGUUCGUUUCUAUGCAUGGGGCGCGGGUGGGUUGGUGGAUGAGAGCAAGUGGCCGUUGCUGGCGGUGGAGCAGAUCAUUCCUUCUAAGAAGCGCACGGAAGAGAAGUGGCUGGAAGAAUUCAGGCAUGGAAUUCCCUUUGCUAACAUUGCUUUUGAGAAGGCUGCUUUGGCUGCAUUCUCUGUUGUCACGUCCUCUAUGGUCUACGUGAAGAUUCCCAUGGUGGCUUACCUUUGUGUCGUGGUUGAAGCCCCCCUUGAAAGCUACAGGCCGGGGAAUGGCCAGCCUUCUCUUGGUGGUGUUCCGCAGACCAACAGUAACCUGGUCCGUGCCAAGACUACUGUUGUUGUGGCGGCUCUACACGCCGCGAUGGUCAACAAUCCCACCUUCUUGAAGCAUGAUGAACCCAAGGGCUUGGUGCUGGGUUCUGGGAAGGUGCGAAUUCUGAUUGAAGGAUGGGAGCGUGUUUUUCUGUAG